CAUAAAAAGAUUACAUAAUCAGGUUGUGUUUGCGCAUGUUUGUGCGCGCGCAUAAUUGUCGUUUUCAAAAUAAGACUUUUGAUAUUUUUAUUCAUAAUGAGGUCGCAGGUUGCUGGAGUGUAAUAAAUAUUUGAGCAAACCAUCUUAUAUUUUGUCUAAUUCACUAUUAUUAUGAAACCAGUGUUGACUGAUUGUACUCUUCUAUGCAUUUUUGGGCCCGACCUCAUUCGGAGUUUCAUAAACUUAGUGAUCAUUUGAUAAGUUACAGCCAGAGCCCUUAAUGUGGGCCAUAACAACUUAAAAGUGUAGGUGUAUCUAAAUGGUCAAAUGGUCACUUAUUGUUUUUAUUCAAUUCUAGCCAAUGGGCUUUUACCACAGUCUUUGCUUGUAUUUUCUCGAAGACACGCAUAUAUUAUUCAAAUUGUGUCGACGCUUGCGUUUGUGUUCCGGAAAAGACUCCUCCAGGUGGGAGGAGAGAAGUGAUCGGCCAGGUGAGGUGAGGGCUCCUCGCGGGACAAAGCCAGCAGGAAGAAUUCAGAAGUUCUCCCUGGAAUCCGAGGCGAUGGCUUUGACGCAAGAAUCCGUCCUGUCUCUGCUGAUAUCGGCGGGGGGGAAAGUGAAGAAAUCCGACUUGGAGUGCAAAUUCAAAGGAUCGAUAGAGUGCGACGACCCCGCGGAGAAAGAACGCAAAAAGGAGCUUUUCAAGACUUUGGUCAACAACGUCGCAACCGUCCAACAAAUCGACGGUGUCCGAUACGUUGUCGUCAGGAAGACACACCAGCAUGCGCCGGACGUCGCGCGGACCGCGGAGAAACCUGGAAAUGCGGAGGUCCCGGGGACAGGUGAGCACCGGCGCUCACCUGCGGGGGGCGAGCAGUCCGGAAGCUGUGAUGACGCGCGGACCCGGGACAGAUCAGCUGUUUCUGAGCCCGAGGUGGCCAAAGAAAGUGGGGAAAAUCCCACUGAGUUACAGACUCCCAUAGAGGUGUUGCUGCAAAGGGGCCAAUACCAGAGUGUGAGAGUGAAAAGGAUGCUGAAUUUUGAGAUCCAGAGGCAGGAGGCGCGUGGAGACAACGGGUCAAAGGCCACGGUCACCAAGAGCAAACCGUACGGAUUACCCCUGAGGAUGCCGCCCUGCAGCACCACCACCACCACGGUGGUGAUCCGCAAACUAAAAGGGGACCCGGGAGACCCGCCUGGAUGCCCCGAGCCGGACUCCUCCAGGAGCAAGAGACGCCCCCCCUCAGAGGAGGCCGUCGCCAGCUCGCCACAGAUGAGGAGGCCACUGAGGGGCACCAAGGAGUGGGAAGAGCCCAAAGAGACCAGAGCCACCUCCAUGUAUCCCAUGGAGCAAUCGGAGCACCAGUGGCUGGUCAAGUGCGCCGCGGGCCACUGGAGGCACGUUUUGGGCCUGCUGCUGAGAGACCACCAGCUGGCAGAGAAGAGGGACUUCACGUCGGGGUUCACCGCCCUGCACUGGGCCGCCAAAUGCGGAAACAGCCAAAUGCUCGUGAAGAUCGUGGACCUGUCCAGGCAAGGGGGCGGCCGCGUCGACGUCAACGCGAAAACCCACGGCGGGUACACCCCCCUGCACAUCGCGGCCCUGCACGGCCAGGAGCACAUCGCGGCCUUGCUGGUGGGGGAGCUCGGGGCCAACCCGGGCCUCAGGGACAACUACGGGAAGAGGGCCCACCACUACCUGCCCGAGGGCACUUCGGAGACCCUGAGAGAGAUGCUGGGCAAGCCCAAACCCCCCGAGGCUGAGGACCGGGCCCAGCACGACAAGGAGGAGCCGCACCUCUUCCCGGAGCUCCCCAAGGGCCUGAAUUCAAUAAGCCGCUUGUUGCAGCCCCACGCCACGGGAAGCAAGAGGAAGCAGAAGCAGAGGCCCGGGUUUCUCUCCGUGAGCCACCAAGUCGGCGAGGGCCGAGAAGACGGCAGCCUCAGACAGAGAGUCGUGUCGGAGGCGUUCAUGUGAGAGUCCGACCAGCACGAGGCCGGCACGCCUCGGAUCUCCAACCACGACGAGAACCCCCGAAAGACAUCAGUGACUUCCUUCUUGUUUCAUGCUUUGCUCUGGAAUUCUCUGACUUUUGUCGGAUUAUGUUUACGUUUUUGGGGAAGAACAAAAAAAAAAAACUAAAUAGGACUUCAGUGUUUCACUUUCUAAGUAACUGAGAUUAACUUGAAUGAAUGUUUGAGGACUUUUCUCUUUGGUCAAAGCAAACACCCCGAUGAGAGUUCCAGGAAGAGAGCAAGAAUUUCUCCGGAUUGGCACACGUUCUUCUUGAACAGGCGCAGGGUGUGUCAUUCACAGGUGCUCCAUAUUUCCUUUGGGCUUGUCGAGACAGAUGUCACGAGAUCAGCUGACUGCAAAGGAAUGGGCGUGUGUGUGUGUGCGCGUGCGUGUGUGUGUGUGUGUGUGUGUGUGUGUGUUUGCGCCGCCUCGUUUCCCGCCCGUCACGCUCCCGGGAGCCACGUGACUCGGACUGCUCUUCUCGUCCCUCUGUUUUCUUUUCGUCUCACGUGAUGUCACUUCCCCAGAAGCUUACUUUGUCUUUAUGUCAAGACGAUUUUUCAUUGCAAAACCCCGGCGGGGGUUUUAUUAAGCAAAUGUUCUUUCCUGCUGCUGUGAGGAGAAAAGGUCAGGAACAAGACCCAGAGCUGUGGAGAGAUGUACUCACAUCUUCAUUUAGAGGAGGUUAUUCAAGAAAACUGUGGGUCCAAGGUGGUUGAAAUGAGCAUUUGGAAAUGUGAGGGGGGGGGGGGGGGGACUUGUGUUCUUAAAGUAAAGGUGUUUGCAAAUGGGUCUAUUGGCCGCCUUGUUGGCAGGCAACUGCACAGACAUUUUGGGGGGCAGGUGCUCAAACCAAAACAGAAGGGCAGACAACGCCAAAAUUAUUAAAAAAUAAUAAUAAUUAAAUUAAAAAAACACAGGAUAUUUUUAAUAUUUAUUUUUGUUAACAGACUAACUGAAAUUGAAUAACAGGCAAAAACAGACAACAUAGGAAACAAAAUAGGAAGUUAAUAGCUGCCUUCCAGCAGAAAAUCGUAGCCACAAUACGUUGUGCAUCACAGAAAACAGUCUGCACGUGUGGCUGUUGCUACGCAAGAGAGAAACAGCCUUGUAAACGUUUUUUAGCCCAACACCAGGGGCCUGUUUCAAUAAGGAGGUUCAACCAACUCUGAGUUAAAACUUGAACUCUGAGUUGACUUACCCUGAGAUGGGAAACUCUGAGUUUUCGGUUACAGAACAGCUGAAAUGAGUUAGUUCAAUCAACUCUGAGUUGACCUACUCUGAGUUAAGCGCGUGCACCACAACUAUAAAAAGCCAUUAUCAAUGGAGCGCAGAUAUUACGAGUCACCAUGGCAACAGCGCCAGACAAAAAGAGGUCUUCAUAUUUUUCACCAGCAGAACUGGAUGUGCUUAUGCAAGCAUAUGGAGAGUACGAACAUAUAUUUUUAAAAAAAAGCAACACGGCUGCAGCGGCGAAGGACAGAGAGUUAGCUUGGGAGAAAAUAGCUGCUCGAGUCAAUGCGUAAGUUUACAUUUGAAUUACUGUUAUACAGUGUUGUGUGUAAUUAAUUUCUAUGUAAUCUAAAAACUAAUUUAAUUCCGUAAUUUAAAGUAAAAUCUGAUGUAAUUGCAUUUAAUGCUGCAUAAACUAUAAAGCAAUUCUGUAUAAAACAAUAGUGGAUUUAACAUCAAAUUUAAAAGAUAUAUUUUUUCAAGAAUAGUUCAUGCAAUUGUAUAAUGUUUAUUUGAAAGCAUUAAAAGUGCAGUUUCUUGUCUCUCCUUGUAUUGUUCAAGUGGUUGAAGUUGAUAUGGGAUUUAGAAAGUAAUUAGUAAUAAGUAGACCAAUACUUUCUAGAGAUAGUCAUUAUUACAUUAAUCUAAUUACACUGUUGAAGAAGCCAGUUGUAGUUAGUAAUAUAAGUGACUUGCCCAACUGUUAUAAUAUCAGAAGUGAAACUGGAAGAACAGUGUGUUAUUCAACCUAAUUUUAAUUUUCAUGUAGGUGCAAUCCUGCACAUUAAUACUGUGGAUGGACCUCCUGUUGACAUAGUCCGCUUCAUUUUCGGAAGGUGCAAUGAUGGGAAUAUGUGUGCCAUCAAUGCAUCCAACCACAUUCGGAAAUCCUAAAAGGAAUUCUAUUAUUAGUUUACUUCCAGGGGUCGCAGCAAUAUGCUCUUAACUGAACGUCAUUUAUCAGGUUAGCCUCAUUUAAACCGAUUUAUACAUCACUGACCUGCAAUCCUGUGAAACUCCUCUUUGAUGGCUUUCACGGCUUUGUGCCCAGGAAACAGCACAAAAAUUCGGAGAAAGCGCUUAAGAGCGAGGCACACUUUCCUUACAACUCUGCAAACAGUAGCCUUACUGAUAUGUUCUGCAUCCCCAAUGUUAUACAGAAAACUACCAUUUGCAAAGAAACGUAAUGCAACGCAAAGCAUCUGCUCGGAUGUUAGAGCACGGCCGCGAUGGCUGAUGUUUCUGAUGUAAGGAUGGAUGAGAUUAUGGAUGUAUCUUAUUGACUGUAAAGAAAAACGGUACCGCUCAAAUAAAAAUGAAUAUGGAUAUGACAAAAAAUCCACUCUGGGUCUCAAAAUCCUCUCCCGACGUAAAUGCAACUCCCUACGGAUUAAUGCAGCCUCUUCAUCCACAGGAUCGUCCAUAAAAGGACAUGCCAUUUCAUUCACUUGAUUUGAUGCGCUCUGCGUGACUGAAAUGUGCGCA